GUCUACCUUGCCUCAUCCACACGGAUUCUGCUUACGUUUUGUUUUUUACAUGUCUAAUAUUUAAACUUAUAUCAAUUCUUCUUUCUACUUCAAAGAGAACAGUAUAGGUACUGAAAAUCACCAGAUGACUGGAAAUUCUCUAACAGCGGCAAGUAACUACAGUUGGUGGUUACCUAGCUAAUUUUCAUAAGCACCUAGCUAGCUAACCACGGAUCUUUUACCUACCCAAAAUAGCUUGUUAGCAGCUAGAAAACAGAACUUACCUUAUUACAUGGCUCCAGCGACGCCUCUCGCUUACAGAGGUCGGAAAAUUAUCAAAUGCAUGUGUGCUUAUUAGAAUAGUGGGUACAAUCCGGUACAUAGCACUGAACCAUACUUGCUUCUGAUCGACGGAGAUGCCUAAGGUUAACUAGUUAGCUACAAAGGCCAGGGUCAUGCAAAAAAUUAUAGUAAUUAAGAUAGGUCAUUUGAAAAAUGCUAAACAAUACAAACGAGAAAUACACAAUAUAAAUUAUUUAAACGAUAAACUACAAAAACGCUAUAAUAUCUACUAGUUAUUCUACUUAAUAGGUUACUUUCUACUUGUCGAUGAGAGUUUGCAUGGAGAAAUGUGGAAUUUUUUCCUACCCUGCAACACUGCCUUGAGUUAUGAUGUCAAUGCUUGCUGAGGAUGUGUAGUUCUAUGAUAGCCACAUUAGCGGCUAAUUAUCAUUUCAUUUCGGGGGUAAAUACAGGCAAAUAUAUUGAUAAAAGUGAGAGAUUUACACUGUUAUCAAAACAUCACGCCAGGGUAAAGCCUACAUGAAAGACAGACCUUAUUUGAAGUGGUUUUAAAAUCCCCUAUGGGAAAAAUUAAUGGUGGAAAAACGAUUGGAAACAUUUCCGUGUUUGACUGCUAGCCUAGGUUUUAUGUGUAUUAUGACUCAUACUGUGGUACUCUAUUGAAAUACUGUAGAAUUCCAUUCAUUCUUAUGGAGGACUGCACUUUCUGGGAAGUGCCAAUAUGGCCGACUGGUGGCUUCGGAGCCUCUCACUUACCAAUACAUCAGCAAUCCAGGGUGUAUCAGGGGAGAUUGUAGAAGAGAGUGCGGGGCGGAGAGGGUGUUUUCGUUUGGCUGUAACAUGAUACCGGUAACGGGAACACAGCUAUGGGACAGUAGACAUAUCGUUGAUUUCAUGCAUUUCGGCGGUAACGCUAUCUGGUUCAGUGCUAGGACGACUAUCAAAAAAGGAUGGGUGGCGCAGAACAAAUGAAUGAAGGAGAAUGAUUUUGGAAAAACUAGCAGCAGCAAUUGACAGAGAAGUUGCGCAGGCUACAUAGCCUAGGGCUAUCAGAAUAGCCUAGUAAACCGUUUUGCAUGGAGAUGCAUUCACGUCAACAGCAUCAUGAAGAAGGUGACAUAUGGUGUUUAUGUUUGUGUCGUGUCUACAUUCCUACUUUGUCUAAGAUAACACAGUGACACGGCGUUCACAGCAAGAUUUGUAGACGCAUAAAAUAAUUUCAAAGAAUCACUUCAUCGCGGACCUCAGCUUGGAGGAUUGGCCUAUUUUUACGGUAGGGCGGGGGUGAAAAAUCCUGUAGUACGCUAGUUGAAGUUGACCCCUCAGAAUACCGGGAACAUUUUCAGUGGAAUGUAUUGCUCAUUUAACUCAAACAAAAUGAUGAAUUCGAUGGUCUUUGCUGAGGCUUUGCCAUCUUCGGGUGCCUCUGCGUUCCCAGUAGGAGCGCCAGCCUCUGGUGGUAGGGUGUCUAGUGCCCUACGGAACGAUUUGGGUUCCAACAUUCAUGCCUUGAAAACCCUUAACCUGCGAUUUCGAUGUUUCCUAGCUAAAGUUCAUGAAUUGGAGCGUAGAAACAAGUUGUUAGAAAAUCAACUACAGCAAGCUUUAGAGCAAUCCCGCUACAGAGCCUACUUUAGCCGAGAACAAGCCACCCAAACGGGCUAUUUGGACUUUUUUCUGGCUCGGCCACGGCUACCCGGUACGAUAUGGAGCUUUACCCACACAAGGAGGUUUGGGGACCGAAUCGAGACUAUCCACAGCCCCGGGGUGUCAUGGAUGCAGCCGGAUGGUGUUGGAAUUCAAGUCGACACCGUCACCCCUGAACUGCGAGCCCUUUACAAUGUGUUGGCUAAAGUCAAAAGAGAUAGAGAUGAGUACAGAAAAAAAUGGGAGGAGGAGCUGUCUAAGCGCCAGCAGAUGGAGGCCAUGGUGGAGACACUACAGGAGAGUGCCCAGGAGUCUGAAGUGGUUCAGGGGCAGCUCACUGAGAAGGUGGAGAGACUCAAGACAGAGCUGGUGGUCUUCAAGAGCCUCAUGACUGACAAUGAAAUGUCGGACUUGGACACUGCGAUCCAGAAGAAGGCCAUGAAGGUGGACAUGGACAUCUGCAGACGCAUUGACAUCACGGCCAAGCUUUGUGACGUGGCUCAACAACGCAACUCAGAAGACAUGAGCAAGAUGUUCAACAUGAGCCCACACAUGAGCCCCUCCAGAGCACCCCCAGAGAGCAAAGGGGCUGCAUCUUGCAGGAGGAAAGAGCGUAAGGCUGUCUACGAGGAGAGGAGUCCUGAGAUUGAAAGUGAGUCUGGUGGUGGAGAGGAGGAUGAAGAGGAGGAGAAGGAGCAGGUCGUAGAGUCACUCAACAUCACAGACGAGAUGAAACGCAUGCUCAAUCAGUUAACUUGCUCAGAUGAUAAUUCCUUUGUCACCAGGAGAGAGACGUUUGACUUUGAUGAUGACUGUGACAGCCUAACUUGGGAGGAGAAUGAGGAGACACUGCUCCUCUGGGAGGACUUUGCCAACUACAACACCCCCUGUGCUGCAGCCAGUGCUGCUGCAGCAGAAGGACAGGGGGAGGGCCCUGGGCAGGCCUCUCAGGAUGGCAGUUUGGGCAGCCUGAUCGACGAGACCGAGAUGCUUUUCCAGAACCGAGAGAAGGAGUACCAGGAGACCAUGGGUCAAAUAGAGUAUGAGUUGGCUACAGCUAAGAGUGAUAUGAACCGUCACCUACAGGAGUACAUGGAGAUGUGUUCUAUGAAGAGAGGCCUGGAUGUUCAGAUGGAGACCUGCAGGAGACUCAUCAAGGGCUCAGGGGGCACCGGCAGGAACUCUCCAUCGUUCAGCUCGGUAGCGAGCAGCGACUCAGGGAACAGUGAUGAGAUCCAGGAGGAGCUGGAGAAGGACGGAGAGGCAGUAGGAGCUGACCCUUGACCCUCCGGCCCCUGGCUACCCCACCACCUGAACCGGGGAAGAUGAUGGAGGAAAUGCCUUUGUUCCUCAAUGCUGUGGUCCCCCUUUUCUUCAGCUGGUUUCCAGUUGAUCUAAGAGGAGCCCUGUGGAAACUAUUGGUGCUUCACCGGUUUACCCAUAUAGGGAUGAACUUGUAUUCCACAAUAAGGUGCAGUGUUGGUUCCUCCUCACUGAUCCUAAUUGGCCUACCACUGAUCAGAGCGGUCACUCCUACUAAACACAAGUAUCUCCACACACACUCAACUUACUGUACGCCUAUGGUCAUUUUACUGUGUAUUCACCCCAGUAUUCAUCCUAACCAUGUUAAGAUCAAGGAAACCGGACAUAUUCAGCCAUUAGUGAUCUAGCAAAGCAUUCAGUGGUCCGUAUGAUAUAUUUAAGCAAUAAGGCCUGAGGGGAUGUGGUGUUUGGCCAAUUUAUUACAGUUAAGGGCUGUUCUUAUGCACGACACAAUGUGGAGUUCCUGGAUACAGCCCUUAGCCGUGGUAUAUUGGCCAUAUACCACAAACCCCCGAGGUGCCUUAUUGCUAUUAUAAACUGGUGACCAACGUAAUUAGAAGAGUAAAAAUAAAUGUUUUGUCAUACCCGUGGUAUACGGGCUGAUAUACCACGACUUUCAGACAAUCAGCAUUCAGGGCUCGAACCACCCAGUUUAUAAUUCAAAAUAAGGGCUAGGUUCUAUCAGAUCCACGCUAGCCGACAUCUGCAUAGCAGUUGUUUUGGCGGUGCCUGAGGUGGAACUGCAUUAGAACUGUGAAAUCCACAAGCGGCUCCGAGCAUUAUACCUAAAGCAGACAUCGCCAUUAGCUGCAGAGAGUCGCAUGGACAGAAAUCCCAUGUAGCGUUGUUUACAAGUUGGAACGCUGAACCGUGAGAUGUAAUCUACACCUGGAUUAGGCUGAUAGAAAUCCUCAUUAUUCAGUUGAAUGAUUUUCAAUUUGAGCAUCAUUAUUUCUACAUCCAGUUGAAGUCAGAAGUUUACAUACACUUAGGUUGGAGUCAUUAAAACUUGUUUUUCAACCACUCCACAAAUUUCUUGUUAACAAACUAUAGUUUUGGCAAGUCGGUUAGGACAUCUACUUUGUGCGUGACACAAGUAAUUUUCCCAACAAUUGUUUACAGACAGAUUAUUUCACUUAUAAUUCACUUGUAAUAUCAUAAUUCCAGUGGGUCAGAAGUUUACAUACACUAAGUUGACUGUGCCUUUAAAUGCUUGGAAAAUUCCAGAAAAUGAUGUCAUGGCUUUAGAAGCUUCUGAUGGCUAAUUGACAUGAGGAAGGAAAAUUAUGUGGAUAUAUUGAAGCAACAUCUCAAGACAUCAGUCAGGAAGUUAAAGCUUGGUUGCAAAUGGGUCUUCCAAAUGGACAAUGACCCCAAGCAUACUUCCAAAGUUGUGGCAAAAUGGCUUAAGGACAACAAAGUCAAGGUAUUGGAGUGGCCAUCACAAAGCCCUGACCUCAAUCCCAUAGAAAAUUUGUGGGCAGAACUGAAUAAGCGUGUGCAAGCAAGGAGGCCUACAAACCUGACUCAGUUACACCACCUCUGUCAGGAGGAAUGGGCCAAAAUUCAGCCAACUUAUUGUGGGAAACUUGUGGAAGGCUACCCGAAACGUUUGACCCAAGUUAAACAAUUUAAAUGCAAUGCUACCAAAUACUAGGAUUAAAUGUCAGGAAUUGUGAAAAACUGAGUUUAAAUGUAUAAGGCUAAGGUGUAUGUAAACUUCCGACUUCAACUGUAGCCUACAUUUUUUCAUUCAGAACUCUGGCUUAGUGGCAAUGAUCACAAGAGCAGCUGCUCCCCUAUUUGACAGCGUCAACGCAGUUACACCUCCGACACCGGCAAAAUAUCAGCUAUGUGGGUGUUGGCUAUCGCCGUUUAAAGCUUGAUCUGAUUGAAUCUAGGCCUACGCGUUGACAGGGAAAAUGCAUUUCACGUACUGGACACGAGGUCAAUCUUCACUCACUGAAGUCAGAUUUAGGUUCGUUCUGAGAUUGCCUUAAUGUAGAUGCCAUUGCUUAUGCGCAUACAAAGAAGGCCCAGAGUGCCUUUGCAGGUACUGUAUGAAUUGGUAGAAUUGAAGUUCCCCCAUAU